AUGGUCGAUACUCAUGAGAUUCUCUUCGCUCCAAAAACUUCCCGGAACUUGGAAAUCAUCAACAGAACAUGCGCUGAUAUAAGAGAAAAAUUCAACGGGUACGACUUCUUUGGCAAGGUUUCAGCAAGUAAAAAGUUCGUCCCAAAGGGUUUUUCACAAGUUGAAGACAUGGAAGAGUACAUCGCCCGAUCGAGAAAUACUCGAAACAUCUACCUUGGGGUUCACUUCCAUGAUGUUUCUGAGCAAUUGAACUUCACGAUUCGAACUCUUCCUACAGCAGGGAAAUACCCUAUCAAAGGCAAUUGGGAAGGCUGGAUGGGGCACUUGAGCUCUCCGACGAUUUUUGGGAAAAUGAUAACAAACACGAUUGGCUCCACUCUCAUCGAUGAUCACUCUCAAUGGUCGCUGUAUUACACUGAAGGCUUUCUAGCAGUCCAGAACUCGAUUCAAAAACAAUUUCUUGAGCAAAACGGAGUCUAUCACGACGCGGAUCAGAUUCUCCAGCCUUCCGGACAGUCGGCAAAACUGACGACGACGUUUCCUGAAAUGGCGCAGCAGCAGCUUCAUUUGAUUUUCAUGCUCGGUUUUGCGCAUUUCAUCCAACAUGUAUUGAAGACAAUCACCCGUCAUCGAGUAGAACAUCGACUUGACUACCUCUCGCUCGUCGGUGCUUCUCCAAAAGACAUCAUUCUUGCGCAUCAUUUCGUCAGCCUCGUUCUUCAAUCCAUCGCUUCUGCUGUGUUGUCCUACGCGCUGACUGCAAAUAUUUCAACCAACGGAGCAAUCUUCCCCCACACAUCGUUCUCCGUCAUUUGGCUACUCCUGACUGCGUAUGGUUCCUCCCUUAUCUUCCUUUGCCACCUAGCUUCGACUUUUUUCACAAAGCCAACUACAGCAGCAACGAUCAUUUCAGCCAUCAUCUUCUUCAUCUCAGUCCCCCACGGGUUCAUCUCUACAAGCUGGCGGUUGAUGCCAUUUCUGCCAAAAAUUGCGAUCAUUCUCAACCCAACAAUCAUGCUCGCCCUUGGUUGCGACAUAAUUUGUCAUUAUCAAAGCAAAAACAUGGGUUUGUCACUGACCGAAAAUUUCUACGAGAAGAUUUCAUUCGAAGAUCCCCUGGGAAUGUUCGAUGUAAUCGUUUAUCUCCUUGUCACGACAGUGUUUUACUUUCUGCUGACCCUGAGUUUCGAGAAAAUCAAAAGCAGAAAACUCCAAGGACAGAAGAAAACAGAAGCUUCUCGAUUCGAAGUUAAAGAUUUAUCGAAAUUCUAUGAAUCUUCAAAUCAAGUCGCCCUUGACAAAGUCUCUUUCAAAACAGAAGAAAAUGAGAUUACCGCUCUUCUUGGCGCGAAUGGCGCUGGGAAAUCAACGCUUUUGAAUAUCCUCUGUGGAUUUAUGGAGCCAACAUCUGGAUCAGACCUCGUCGGCGGCGGAAAUUGCGGAUACUGCCCGCAGCACAAUAUCUUUUUCGAAUAUCUGAGCGUGAGAGAGCACUUCGAAAUCUUCUCGAAGCUUUCCACGACUUCUUUGGAGAAGGCAAAAAUUGAAUCAUUGGCAAAAGACGUUCAACUUUUUGAUAAACUAGAAAACUACCCGAAUCAGCUGUCCGGUGGUAUGCUCAGGAAACUAACAUUAGGUCUAUCUAUCAUCGGACGGCCAAAACGUUUAUUGUUGGACGAGCCAACGUCUGGCUUAGACCCGGUCUCUAGAAACGAGCUCUGGGGAAUUCUAAGGAACCUGUCCGCUUCAACUUCUAUUCUCAUGUCGACUCACUACAUGGACGAAGCUGAAAACUUAGCAAGCUCGGUGCUGUUUCUGAAAGAAGGAAAGCUCUGUGAAUCUGGAUCACUUGAAGAAGUAAUGAGCGACCGACCAACAGGAUUGAGCUCGUUAUUCGAACUUGAGUCAGAAGAAAAACACAUGAAAGAGAGAAAAGAUAAUCAUCGAGUCUUGGAAAAUGCCAUCCAGAAGUCCAGAAGAAACAUUUCAUCGAUGCUUCUUUAUCAGCUAAGAAAGUGCUUUAUCCUUCUGAAGCGUGAUCCUUUCAUCUUAUUCAUGCAGUUCUUCCUCCCGACAGCUGUGGUCAUCUUGACGGAUAUCUCACUUGACAGUAAUCGAAACGCCAGUCCUGAAGCAUCAACAGUCAAUUAUGACGACGUGCUGAAAAUCGUCGGAACAGGGAUCAGCGGAAUCGUCCAUCUGCCAGAUUACGACUUCACCAUGUACCCCAACGAUUUUUUCCACGCUCCUCCAGCUGCUCUCCUUCACUCUCAUCGAACAGUACUCCGAGCAAAAACCAAUGCUUCCAUCUUUCUCACCCACAAGCCUUUUGAUCUUCCGCAGCCAGAAGGCAGCGUGCUCUUUACUGAUUCUUUUGUGAAAGGGAUGACUGUUGUCUACAACUGUAUUUUGGCAAUGAUGAUGAUGAUGUCACCAGUUGGGAUGAACGUAGUAGAAGAGCGAAAAACUGGAUUCCGGCAAAUUCAAGCGCAUACAUCAGCAUUGAAAAGGCGAUUCUUCUGGCUCGUUCAGUAUGCUACUUGUCUUUUACAGUCAGUGGCACUUCUGGCGGGUUGUAUGAUGGUGACUAGUUUGUUCAUCAAGUCGCCAAACUUUCAAUUCGGGAUCGGCGAAGUUCUUCCAAUCUUCUCCGUCUGCCUGCGAUUCUUUAUCGCUCACAUGCCGGUCGCCUUCAUCGUCGGUCAUUUCUCCGAAGACAAAGGAUCUUUCGUCGGCCACCACAGCAACGUCAACUUCAUCUGUACGAUUCUUAUGUUCAUGUCUGCGACUUGCACUCAAAUCUUCACUGGAAACGAGCAAUCAUCUGUUUUCUUCCAGCUAUAUGGAAUUCUUCCUUCUUACAAUUUCGCGAUCGAACUGUUUGAAAUUUAUUGCGAAAAGACAUUCUCGAAAUUUUGUGUCAGUAAAAGCCACUCGGGAGUUUCUUUCUUUUGCCAAGCGGUGGAAAUUGAUCCUUUGAGUGGGAUACGAAUAACUGGGGAUCCUUGGAUAAGAUGUUUCGUCCUCUCCUCUAUCUACUGGGGCAUCCUUUAUUUCCUUGAAAACUCCUCCGACACUGAGUUUUCCGUGAUCAAAGAAACUGACUCCGAUCCUUACUCCAAGGGCUCUAUUCAAAUCAAGAACAUCACAAAGUUUUACAAAGAAAAAUCAGCAUUGAAAAAUGUGUCUUUCGAUCUGAAUCGAGGAGAAACAGUCUGUCUUCUUGGAUCAAAUGGCGCUGGAAAAACAACUCUUUUGAGCAUCCUUUGCAAAUUGAAUAGCGCGUCAAGCGGUGUGAUUUUACGAUCUGGAAGAAUCGGGUACUGCAGACAGCGAGAUUGUCUGCUAGACAGCUUGACCGUUGAAGAAACGAUUGAAAUCCUCCUCGGAACACGAGGCGUCGCAAAUUGCAAGAACAUCACGAAAGAAAUAAUUUCUCUCGUCGAUAUCGAAAAAUAUUCAAAAAGACUGACCAAACAGCUUUCCGGAGGAGCAAAGAGAAAGUUAUGCGUCGCCAUUUCAAUUCUCAACAAUCCUGACUUCAUCGUCCUUGACGAGCCUUCCUGCGGACUGGACCCGUCAGCGAGAAUCAAAAUGAAAAGCUUGCUUCAAGUCUUUGAAAAUUUGAACAAAGGCGUUUUGGUGAGUACUCACGUGGUCGAAGAGAGCAAACUCUUGGGCACGACGUCGAUAUUUUUGGAACGAGGCCAAGUGAAAGAAAUUGUAAAACACUGA